AUGGCGCCGCGUGGUUUCACGAAUCCCGCCCCUCAGGCGCGGUCUGCACUCAGCUCCUUCACCUGCACCCUUUGCAAUAAAUCUUAUUCGCGCCACCCAGAAUACGAAGCACACAUCGGCUCAUAUGAUCACCAGCACAAAAAGCGUUUGCAAGAUCUCAAACAGCUAACACGUGAUCCAAAUGCCAUCGAGAAGAACCGCCGGGCAGAACGUAAAGCCGAUGCGCAGGCCGGUCUGAAAGUCAUCGAGACUCCUGUGGAUAAUGUAUCAAGUGGAGGAAGCUCAGGUUUCAAGAAGGGAGGUUUCAAAAGCUCAUUCGCCGCUGUCAAGGGAACGGUGGCCCCGGCAGCCCCAGUCAAGAAGAACGUCCUAGGAGACGACGAUGAAGAUAGUGGCCCGAAACCUCAAGCCGAUGAUCCCUCCCAUGUGAGGAGAGCCAAAAAGGGUGAAUAUGGUGAUAUGGAAAGUGACACCGAUGAGGAAUAUGGCCAAGAAGGAUAUUAUGAUCCUCGCCAGCCAACGGACUGUUUUGCUGGGUGUACUGCCCCAAGGGUCUGA